CGUAGACUUCGUUCCUGAUCCAUAAAUUCAGCGAUUUACAGCUGAAUGUGAAAUUAGCACCUCGUGGUUAUGUACAUUACCUCGAUUUAAAUACAGUUGGCGGCAGAUAAAGAAGCUUCAUUGUGUUUUGAGAUACUAGCACGUUCAGUUUUGUAUUGAUAAGCGUUGCAAUCUGUGGGAUAAGCCGUUGAAAGACUGGAAACGGAGAUGGUUUAUACGCAGUUCCCUUUUGUUUUAAUGUUUGACACGUGAGUGUUUUGUAGUUGUUGCGGUAGUGAUAGUCGUAGUGAUAGUUAGCUAAUAUUAGACAAAAUGGUUAAAAGGACUAAUUUAAGUAAAGGUUGUGAUACAACAGUCAUUUACUGUGACGCUGAGGAUCUGUUCUAUGGAUAUUUGUGGAGAUAUUUGAAGGACUGCAUUGCCCACAAACUGAGGAAGAGGGAGGAACACAGCAACAGUGUUCACCCUGUGACGGACGUCGUCCUCCAGACCACCACACCUGUGAACAACCAGAUCAACAGUAACGGCCAAGGGCAUACCGCACCCCAGGUUCUUCAAACGGAGAUCACGUACCAAGGGAGGUUUCUGUGGACGCAACCACCCCCGCCUACGUACCUGUACAAUCAUAACCAGGAUACGCUUGUACAAAACUUGCCCGCAGAACGUCAAAGUUUCGUACGUGGCUUUCGGAAGAACCUUGGAGGUAGAUGGAGACGUCUUGUGAAGAGGAAGCCUCCUCAGGAAGUGUACACCAUUCCAGCUGAGCUGAAACCUCAGCUAAAGCAGAUCUACGUGUACUAGCCGUACAACUCGGGGCACGUCAGGUCCGAAAAAUCCCUUCCAAGAAGAAUUGGAGGCUUUCCUUUAAUGAGACUGAUGAGAUAAACAACUAUUUUUACUCCUAGACGAAGUAAUUUUAGUUCGGUUGUAAAUAAUUAUUGACUAGGUUAAUUUUUUUUGGCCAUAUAUGUUUUUGUCCUUAUGUAAUGAUAAAACAUAUAUCAUGUGAUUUAGCUUCUAAAAAUUUGAACGAUGCUUCCUGUUCGUAUGGAUAGGUCGUUCUAUGAUAUUUUUAAAUAUACCCUUUCUCACGAUUACUAUACUAGCAGUAGCUAUUUUUCAGUAUUUACUUCAACACAAUGCAGGUUAUUAAAAAAAAUCUGCUGAAAAUGAAAAUGUAUACAGUCAAAUGCGUUUUAGAAAACUGCCAGACAUUCAUUAUAAAAAAUAUCGUGAAAAGGACUAUAGACGAUGCGCUUUUUUGUAGAACAUUACAAUUAUUUGUAGCUUAGUGUAACUCUCUGAGAUUGGCUUGAGGCUUUAAGAUUGCGCUGAAUAAAUCCUGAACAUAAAGGAAUAUUAUGUUGGUGUAAGUUUCUAUGUCGAGCCAAUCCAAAUUUCUGGCUCAUAUUGAGCUAUAGCCCAAAAUUAUUCAUGAGAUUAGUGUACACAUCAAAAUGUGGAUGCUCGAAUCUCCAUUUUGCUAUCAGAAAAACUGAGUAGACCGAAAGUUUCGCCUUGAUCUCGACAGACUAUUCGAGACAAGUCAAACCUUGACUGUCUAUGCUAGUCAAUUAUGUCAGCUCAUCAGAAGUAGAAUAAAUUAAUGAUUGCAGUAUUACAAAAAUUAACUUAUUUUAUUACGAUUGAUAAGAAUUUUUUGACACAGCUCUGCAUAAACAUAUCAGGGUACGAGAUAGCAAAUUGUUAGUUACCUCUUCAUAUCAGAAACCCUCAAACUGUUGUUUGUAAAGCAAUAACCUGUAUAGACAGAAGUAUAAAAUGAAUAAAAAUUGUUACUUUUUGAAU